AGUCCACUCUCGUUUUCAGCAAUCCGGAUCGUCGAUGGACAUCUGGAACCGAGCUCGCUCCUUCGCGGAGGAAGCGGCCAAGAAAUCUCAGGAGCUCAGGCAGACAAUCGCCGCCGCCAACCUCUCCGACGUCGUCUCCGAGGCCUCCAAGCGCUCCAAGGAGCUCGCCUCCGAGGCUCUCAAGCGCGCUGAUCAGAUCACCGCUCAGAUCCCCCCCGCCGCCGCCGCCAUCACCAAUCUCGUCGACUCCGCCUCCUCCAAGCCAGGCAUUGACGCCGCCGAUCUCGAAAAGUAUGGGGUCACUGAUGAGCUGAGGGAGUUUGUCAAGGAAAUUACCAUCAACACCUUCCAGGAUUUCCCGCUUGAAGAUGACUCACAGGUGUCUGAUGUUCCUACGGUUUCAAAUAUCCAACAGGAUCUCACGGAGUGGCAAGAAAAGCAUGCAAAGCUUGUUCUAUUAACUGUGAAGGAAGUUUCAAAGUUAAGGUAUCAGCUGUGCCCACGAGAGAUGAAAGAAAGGAAAUUCUGGAGAAUCUACUUCCUUCUAGUUAACAGCCAUGUUGCUCCAUACGAACAACGUUACCAUGAUGAUGUAAAGAUUAAAACUGCUGAAAAGGUGAAAGAUGCUGAAGUGAAGGAAGUUUCAUCAGGUGAAACAUCAUCUAAAACAGCAGAUGAGACUGCUAAACCUAAAAGCAAUAAUUUGGAGAAAAAAGCUUCUGAGCAAGAUUUAGAUGCAUUUCUUCUUGGAGAUCUUGAGGAUGGUGAUGACGGUCCAGAUGAUGGAGACAACAAUGACUUUGAUGAUGAUUUUUGAUGGGAUACCGCUUGGAAAAUGGGAAAGGACAGCCAAAAGACAAGUAGGUGACAAAGACAACGACAACGAUGAUCGUAGUUUUGAGGUCCAGAAGAAAGCAGUGUUCAUGUUAUGGGAAAAAAAUAGGCAUCAGGAUGCUGCAAUUAGCUACAGAACAAUCCAAUUAGCAAUCGUAAAUUCUAUUUUCCCUACUUAUAUUGACAUUCUGGGAUUUUUUUUACUAUUCGAAUUUAGUGAAAGGAUGUGUGGCGGAUGAUGGGAAUAUGUUGGAUAUAGAACUUUCAAUUCUUUGUGUUAUCUUUCGUUUUUCUGAACAUUAACAUUGGCAUAUAUUCGUAAAAUUUUGUGUUCGUAAUAUGAAUCUUGAAAAAUAAUUUUAUUUUUGUCAA